AUGCGUUCGACUGCUAAGUCUUCAUCUCUCAUGGUUUUUAGGGAAGAUUUAAAUGAAGUUCCUUCGUUUAGAAUUAUAGCUCCACAAAAUAUUUGCAAACAAGAUUCUAAUGCUACAGCUCUGAAGCUACCCGACGGCAUAACUGUUAGUUUUCAACCAAAGGAUGGCUUUAAGCUUUCAUACAAGUUUCGAAUAUUUUUUAAAACGAUAGGUCCAGAGAUUUUUACACAACGUGAAACAUUGAUUGUAUGGAAAGCAGUGAGAGCCCUUGAACAGCGGCUCAACACCAAAGAUCGAUUGACGAUUUCUAAGGAUAACAUGGUUUUCAUAAGUAAAGCUGAAGUUGUAGCCGGUGUAAGUUAUAUAUUCCAUGUUUAUGGUAUUACCGAUGCUGGAGAAACUACUAAAGAGCAAGUGUUCACCAUUCAAUAUUCUAAUGGAGUUUUUCAAAAUGAAAAUGUUCCAGAAGGUAUAAAUUUGUUAUUGAUUGGAUCAGAAACAACAGUUGCGGCCUCCAAAUAUAGUUUACAUGCGAAAGUAUCAUUUUGUAAGCCAAAGUUCAAUUAUUUUGAAGCGUUGUUAGCCACUAACGAUAAAAACGGCUUUAAGGGAUUCCGCAAACAAUUCAGUGGGCGCUUCAAGCGCUUGGUUGCGAAAAAACCGGAACCAGUCACCGUCAUACCACCUGAGCUGAAGCCACAGUUGAAGACCAUUUACGUUUAUUAA